AUGAUCAUUACGUUUGCUGCUUUCAUUGUAGUAGCCCGAGCUGGUGUUUUAAAUGAAGCCUUUCCACCACAGUUAUCGUACGCUGCACCGCCAGUUGCUAAAGUCGCCUACUCAGAAGCUCCAGCUGUGUCAUACUCAUCUCUAUCAGCACCUUUAGCUUACCCCGCUCCUCCAGCUUUUGCAAAGGUAGCUGCUCCAGUUCAAUUUGGCGCUUCACCAUACUCUGGCUUUUCAUUUGCUGGAUCAGCGCCACUUCCUUCCCCAGCAUUAGCUGCAGCUUUACCAUACCAGCACCAGGCACCUCAAGUUUAUUCUUAUGCAUCUCCACCUGUUUCGCCUGUUUCAUACGCAGCACCUGCAGUCAAACUGGCUGCUCCAGUUGCUUAUGCUGCACCCAUUACUAAGGCUGUUAUUGCUGAACCGUCUGCACCUGCUCACUAUGAUUUUGGAUACGCUGUCAACGACCCCAACACUGGAGAUAACAAAAGCCAACAGGAAUCCCGCCGCGGUGAUGUCGUACAAGGAAGUUACUCAGUAGUAGACGCUGACGGUACAAAACGUACUGUCGAUUACACUGCUGAUGACCAUAAUGGUUUUAACGCCGUUGUCCGCAAAGAACCAGUUGCAGUAGCAGUUAAAGCAGUCGCACCAGUUGUAGCAAAAGUAGCUGCUCCAGUUGCAUAUGCUCAACCUGCUCCAGUUGCUUACGCUCAAUCUGCUCCAGUUAGUUACGCGCAACCUGCUCCAGUUGCAUAUGCUCAACCUAAUUCAGUUGCAUAUUCUCAUUCUGCUCCAGUAGCACUUCCUCAACAGUUCAUUAGGUCAUCUGCUUAUGGUCCAUCUUUUGUUAAUGCUUACCAACAUUAA